UGUGUUUCCGUCGCCUCAGGCCCCUCCUCCGUGGAUAAAAAGUGGCUGCGCGGAGUCAGUCGGUCUUCUCCCACGUCAACCGGAGCAACUACUGUGUGCCACCUUACCGGAGUCUCAUUGUAAAGAAUCAUGGCAGAGCUGAAGGAGCGCACAUUUAUCGCCAUCAAGCCUGAUGGAGUGCAGAGGGGCAUCAUCGGAGAGGUCAUCAAGAGGUUUGAGCAAAAAGGCUUCAAACUCGUUGGGAUGAAGAUGACCCAUGCGUCUGAGGACCUCCUGAUGCAGCACUACAUCGACCUGAAGGAAAGACCAUUCUUCCCAACUCUCAUCAACUACAUGAGCUCUGGUCCAGUGGUUGCCAUGGUGUGGGAAGGCAAGGGUGCUGUGAAGACCGGCAGAGUGAUGCUGGGUGAGACCAACCCCGCCGACUCCAAGCCCGGAACCAUCAGAGGAGACUUCUGCAUCGAUGUCAGCAAGAACAUCAUCCACGGCAGCGACUCAGUGGAUAGUGCCAACAAGGAGAUCUCCCUGUGGUUCAAGGAUGACGAGCUGGUCAGCUACUCAAGCUGUGCCUUCAGCUGGCUGUACUAAACCUCUCAGCCCUGCGGCGUCCUCACACCGGGCUGGGGACCAGUGACACUCUUGCCUCAGUUUUCCCGUUUUUGGCCCGUAGCCUAGAGGGCAGAAGAGCUGACGUCUGAAGUUCAUGUCCCACUGUCAUCACAUUCCCAUCUGAUCCUCUACUCAUCGUCAUACUGUACUCUGAUGUGGUCUGCAAGGUCCAGAUCUAGUCCGGAUUCAUUCCUGAUCUCAUUCCUUUUAGAAACAUUCCACUCAUCCCAUCGAUGUACAGUUAAUGACUAACCAGCCUUUGACUGUCAGUUUUGUUAAACGGUGAAUUUGCUUUCCAAUAAAACUGCACACAACACAAA